GUUUGACAGUUUUUCUCCUUUCUCUUAAAACACCUCCAAACUAUUGAUGAAGCUCCUCUUUUGUAGAUAUCUCCAAAAACCUCUCUUGUCCAUUCUGACAAGAUGAGCUCUUGGAAGGAUUGUAAAUUAUUUGAAGAAAAAAAAAAAAAGAAAAACAGACUUUAAAACAAAGUAUGAUUUAGUAACAAUCAUGUAGUUUACUGUCUCUUUGAUGUUGUGAAAAUGAUGUCUCCCUUUGAACAUAGUGGUUAUUGUGUGUGUCUCUUCCCAGACUUGAGAAGAUGAGUGAUUUAGAGGAAGAGAAGGACAAAGCAGAGUCUGGAGGAUCAAGCUCUUUGUCUAUGAAGAGUGACCGCUUUAAAGUUUAUCCUUCAGACUUCAGUAAUCAACCUGGACCAUCAGACACACAACUUGAGAAGAUGAGUGAUUUAGAGGAAGAGAAGGACAAAGCAGAGUCUGGAGGAUCAAGCUCUUUGUCUAUGAAGAGUGACUGCUUCUUAAUACUGAAGUCUGGAGAUUAUCCUGGACCAUCAGACACACAAGUGAGGAAGAAGAUGAGUCAUGCUUCUGUGGAGGGGCAGCUGUCCUGCUGUUCUUUCUGUCAGGACGUCCUGAAGGAUCCAGUCUCUACCAACUGUGGACACUGGUUCUGCAGACAGUGCAUCACCUCAUACUGGGACCAGUCUGCUUCAUCAGGAGAUUGCUCCUGUCCCCAUUGUGGAAAAAAACCCAGAACAAGAGCUGGACUGCAGACAGCCAGUCAGACUAGCACUGUACAAAUGGAUGGUGGUCUGCAGGAGGUUUUAGAUGAGCAUAAGAUCAGUCUGAAAAAGAGAUGUGAAUGUGUGACUGAAGGAACUGAUGAAACAGGAAGUGGAACCCUCCUCAACAGGAUCUACACUGAGCUCUACAUCACAGAGGGACAGAGUGAAGAGGUUAAUACCCAACAUGAGGUUUGGCAGCUUGAGACAGCUUCCAAGAUGAAGACCCCCCAUGACACUCCGAUCAAGUGUCACAACAUCUUUAAAGCCUUACCUGACCAACAAGGACACAUCAGAGUUGUUCUGACAAAUGGCUUUGCUGGUGUUGGAAAAACCUUCACAGUGCAGAAGUUCACUCUGGACUGGGCCGAGGGUUUGGAAAACCAAGAUAUCAGUCUGGUGAUUCUGCUUUCGUUCAGGGAACUGAACUUGAUCAAAGAUGAGCAGUACAGUCUUCUCAAGCUGCUCCAUGUUUUCCAUCCAACACUACAGAAGGUCACAGCAGAGGAGCUUGCUGUCUGUAAAGUUCUGUUCAUCUUUGACGGUCUGGAUGAAAGCAGACUUUCAUUGGAUUUCCACAACAGUGAGUUUGUGUCUGAUGUCACACAGAAGUCAUCAAUCAAUGUGCUGUUGACAAACCUCAUCAAGGGGAAUCUGCUUCCUUCGGCUCUCGUCUGGAUAACUUCCAGACCUGCAGCAGCCAAUCAGAUCCCUCAUGCAUGUGUUGACAGGGUAACAGAAGUACGAGGCUUCACUGACACCCAGAAGGAGGAGUACAUCAGGAGGAGAGUCAGUGAUGAAGAGCGGUCCAGCAUAAUCAUCUCACACAUCAAGACAUCCAGGAGCCUCCAUACCAUGUGUCUAAUCCCAGUCUUCUGCUGGAUCACUGCUACAGUUCUGGAUCACAUGUUGACCACAGAGCAAAGAGGAGAGCUGCCAAAGACCCUGACUGACCUGUACUCACACUUCCUGCUGGUUCAGACAAAGAGGAAGAAGCAGAAGUAUGAUGAGGGAUAUGAGACGAGUCCACAGGAGCUGACAGAGGCUGACAUGGACGUUCUUCUGAAGCUAGGGAGGCUGGCAUUUGAACAGCUAGAGGAAGGAAACAUCAUGUUCUACCAAGAGGACCUGGAGCAGUGUGGUCUUGAUGUCACAGAGGCCUUGGUGUACUCAGGAAUUUGUACAGAGAUCUUCAAAAGAGAGAGUGUGAUCUUUCAGAAAACAGUCUACUGCUUUGUUCAUCUGAGUGUUCAGGAGUUUCUGGCUGCAGUCUACAUGUUCCACUGUUACACCAACAGGAAGAUAAAGGUACUGGAGGACUUCCUGGGGACAGACCUGGACUGUGGUAACAGUGAUUCAUCCCAGCUUGCAGAUGAGGAGGAGGAGGGUGCUAAUGAGGAGGAGGAGGAAGAGGAAGAGGAGGAGGGUGCUGAUGUUGAUGUAACCAAUAAUGACAGCAACAAUGUCAGGGAAAAUGACCAUUACCUAUCCGUGGAGGUGAUGGAGGAGGAUGAGGAGGAGGAGGAUGAGGAGGAGGAGGAGGAGGAGGAGGAGGAUGAGGAGGAGGAGGAGGAGGAUGAUGAUGAGGAGGAGGAUCAGGAGGAUGAGGAUGAGGAUGAGGAUGAUGAUUCAUCCCAUGGUGACAACAAUGACCGUAACCUACGCCUGGAUGUCUUCCUGAAGAGCGCAAUGGAGAAAUCCCUUGAAAGUAAAAAUGGUCACCUGGACCUGUUUGUUCGCUUUCUUCAUGGCCUCUCUCUGGAGUCCAACCAGAGACUGUUAGGAGGUCUGCUGGGUCAGACAGACAACAGUCCAGAAAUCAUUCGGAAAGCCAUCAACAACCUAAAGAAAACACACAUGUACGAUAUCUCUCCUGACAAAAUCAUAAACAUCUUCCACUGUCUGAUGGAGAUGAAUGACUACUCAGUACAUCAGGAGGUCCAAGAGUUCCUGAAGUCAGAGAACAGAUCAAAGAAGAGACUCUCUGAGAUCCACUGCUCAGCUCUGGCCUACAUGCUGCAGAUGUCAGAGGAGGUUCUGGAUGAGUUGGACCUGAUGAAGUACAAAACAUCAAAUCAGGGACGACAGAGACUGAUUCCAGCUGUGAGGAACUGCAGAAAAGCUCGACUUUCUGGCUGUGAGCUGUCAGCCAUACAUUGUGACAUUGUGGCCUCAGCUUUAAAGUCCAACCCCUCCCACCUAAGAGAGCUUGACCUGAAAAACAAUUAUCUGGAGAAUUCAGGAGUGGAGCUUCUGUCUGAUGGACUGGACAGUCCACACUGUAGACUGGAGACUCUGAGACUUAAUAGCUGUGAAAUAACAGCAGGUGGCUGUGUUUCUUUGGCCUCAGCUCUGAAGUCCAACCCCUCCCAUCUGAGAGAGCUGGACCUCAGUAACAACAAGCUGCAGGAUUCAGGAGUGAAGACGCUGUGUGAUUUUCUGGCGAGUCCACACUGUAAACUGGAGACUCUAAGAUUGAGGGGCUGCAGUUUGUCAGAGAUCGGCUGUGCUCCUCUGGCUUCAGCUCUGAAGUCCAACCCCUCCCAUCUGAGAGAGCUAGAACUGAGUAGGAACAAGCUGCAAGAUUCAGGAGUGAAGCUGCUGUGUGAUUUUCUGGAGAGUCCACACUGCAGACUGGAGUCGUUGAGGCUUCAAAGGUGUGAGCUAUCAGAGACUGGCUGUGCUUCUCUGGCCUCAGCUCUGAAGUCCAACCCCUCCCAUCUGAGAGAGCUGCAGCUGAGUGACAACAACCUGCAGGAUUCAGGAGUGAAGCUGCUGUGUGAUUUUCUGGAGAAUCCUCAUUGUAGACUGAAGACUCUGAGACUUAAUAGCUGUGAAAUAACAGCGGGUGGCUGUGUUUCUUUGGCCUCAGCUCUGAAGUCCAACCCCUCCCACCUGAGAGAGCUGGAACUCAGUAACAACAAGCUGCAGGAUUCAGGAGUGAAGACGCUGUGUGAUUUUCUGGAGAGUCCACACUGUAAACUGGAGACUCUGAGGCGUGAUGACAGAGAAAACAGGGCUGCACCUGACAGACAUGAAGGACGUCUGUCCACAUCAAACCCAAACCUCGAUGUGUCUGACAGAAAUGAGGAGACUGUGGAUGAAAUGGAUCAGCUAUGCCCUGGAGAUCCAGAGAGGUUGAGGCAGCAGCAGCUUCUGUGUACAGAGGCUCUGAAUUCAAAAGUCAAGUUAAAAUUCACACCUGAACUGCUGACUGAGUCUGGAAAGACUACAUACAGGUUCAGAUGUCCUCAUGCAGGUGUUUUCCAGUGUGAUUUGACGGAACUGGUGUUUGUUAUGGCUCAGAAGGCGGAGCUAAAGUACAGCAUUGUCCAGUGGGAUGAGAACUUCCUCCAAUCAGCAAGCAAGAUGGCGGCAGGGCCACUGUUCAAAAUCAAGUGCUCUGAGGACGCUGCUGUCUGUCAGCUCCACCUCCCACACUGUGAAACUAUGGAUGUUCUGAUCCCUGAGCAACAGUUGUCUGUCGUCCACAUCACUGACAAUGGAAUGAGCAUCCUCAACCCACUGAAGGUUACAGACACUCAUGUGGUGGUCAGUGUCCCUCACCUCUCUGCCUUUGGCCUUCUCUGGAACGUCAUAAGGGGGAUUUUGAAAAUACCAGUCAGUGGUCAAAUUCUGCUGUUCCUUGGACAACCAAACCCUAAAACACAGUGGCAAAAACUCAAUGUACUUCUGCUGCCAAGAAACAUCCCUCUGGACGAGGUGAGCUCAAAACGACGAAAUUCUGUUUACAUUGAGGCUCCUUCCACAUGUAAACUCAUCCAAGAUCAUAGUUACACUGUUCACUGUCCUCAGGCCAUUAAAAUACAACCUAAGAAAGCAGAGUUUGACGUGGAGUUUGGACCAAAUUACCACCCAACAUUUGAGAUCCGCCUGCCUACAAACGAGGAGGAAGUGACUUUAACAGUCCGAGACCAAAGCCAGAGAGAAGUCUGGAAGCAUGAUGUCUAUCUGAAUGGUCCAAGAGAGGCAGUUACACAGAGGAAUGUCCUAGCAGAGGACAGUGUCCUAGCAGAGGACAACGUCCCAGCAGAACGCAACGUCCCAGCAGAGGACAGCAUCCCAGCAGAGAAUCGGCCUUCAGUUCGGACAGAGUUUGUAUACAGAGUAUCUGAUCCUACUCUGAACCAGCUUCUGGAUAAACUUCUUGAGUGUCACGUUAUAACUGAUGAUGAAAUGCAGUCAGUCAGAACAAAAACCGGAGCAGAGAAAGCACGAGACUUGAUUGACAUGGUGCGAAAAAAGGGAAAUGAAGCCAGCUCACUUCUGAUUGCUGCUGUGCGUGAGGUGGAUCCAUACCUUUCCAGAGUGCUGAAAUUAAGUUGAAGCAAAAGCAAGAACCGUGAAGUGUGAUGAUGAAUUUCUCCUAUGGUUAUACAUCACUCAUUGGCAUCUUUAAAUGAGAAUGUUUCCAGUUAAAGCCUGCUGUAAGUGAACAUUUACUCUGAAAGUGAUUCAGUUACGUGAAGAGGGGAGAAAGGGAGAAGAAAUAGGGACGAGAAACUGAAGUCUGUGUUCUUAAAAUGAGGUCUUCCUGCUUGUACUCGAGAUUGUGCUCUACGUGAAGAAAAUGUACGUCAGAGUGACUCACCACAGAGCAGGUUGUCAUAAGUUUCUACAGUUUGUUGAUACAGUGUCUGAAACUGUUCUAAACCAGCUGCUGGAUCAACAUUUUCUGGGUGCAUGAGAAAUCAAGAAAAAUGGAGUACACUGGAACCAGAGCUGACUUGGCAUGAGUUGUGAUUAAUUAAUGGUGCGAAAUAAAGGCCCACAAGUCAGUUCUUCCCUGAUUGAAGACUUGAGUAUCUUGGAUCCACACCUUUCCAAACUUGACCUCCAUAGAUAGAAACAACAUCCACCAUUCCCCACACUUCUCACAAGGUUUUCACACCCAGGCCAGUCACCAUUGGUCACUGUUGCAUGUGACCCAUAAAAUCACCUGAGGGCCUCAUUAUAACACAAUGCGUAGGAUCCAUAUUAAAUAUGUACAUACGGACAAAAGUCAAAAAUGCGUGCACCGGAAAAUAUUUGACAGUUUCUACAAUCAGGUUCCACCUCACCAUCUGUGCUGCCAAUUUCCCAUCUACAAAUGUUCGUAAGCAUGGGUCAAAGUUUCUUCCAUCAAGUCUGUUUUUAUAUAUAUCACAACUUUUGCAUGGGAAUUGGUGUACUAGUAGGGUCACUGCUGCAGUCACUCCUCUGCUUUUAUUCACCUCCUUGCUUCCAGAGCUUGGAAACACACCAAACAUGAUGGUACACAGUAUGACCCAGAUGUGUUGAUCACUGGCAUCCUUCCAUGAAGUAGUUUGUAGUGACAUGACAGCACAUAACAACCUUCGGGGGAUGUUUUUUCCUGGUGGUGCACUGGUGGAGUGGAUCAGUGUGGAUAAAUGAAAAAUAAAAACAAAGAGUUUAUUUCAUGACAAGUGAACAGGAGCACAGUAACAGUUCAGGUUAAGCAAGACUGUAAUUUCUAUCAAUGUAUGUCACAUUGAUUUGAUUUAAAUUUGUCCACUGAGUUUUAUUGUUGUGGUUGUUUUGGAGUCAGGUUAUUGGGGAAGUUGACUUUGCCAAAGCCACACAAACAUCCACUCUUUGUGUUUUUAUUUUUGCUUUAUGAUAUUGUGAAUCAUUUCUUUUGAAUCAUAUGCUGUGUGUUAAAUGUUGCACAGGAGUGAAUGCUGCCAAUCUCUGCUACUGUACGUCAAGAAAAAUACCUCAGUCUUACUAUUGACAUGGUCAUUUUGGUUAUAGUUAUCCUUAAUACCAGUCAGAGUUCCAAAAUGAUAGUUCAGUGUAUUUUAUGAGACUGAGUUAAUAUAUUUAAGGUGACAUGGUUUUUCCAUCAAGGCCCUAAGGCUCAGGAAUUCUCUGCCAGAAGAGAUCAAGCUUGCCAGCAUUUUACCUGCUUUUAAAUCAUUGCUUAUUUUUUAAGGAAAGCUUUUCCUUUAAUGCCUGAUUUGUACUUCUGUGAUUUGUAACUUUUGUGUUUUAUUUUCUAUUGUUCUGUUUUUACCUCUGCACACUAUUUUUCUUAGUGGUGUCUUAACAUUGUUUUUAAUUAUUGUAACUAUAUUAUUAUUACUAUUAUUUCUUCUUGCUGUAUUUUUUUUUUCAUGCACUUUGUGAAGCACUGUGUAACCUUGUUUGGAUAAGUGCCAUAUAAAUAGUGUUAUUAUUAAAUUGGCUAUCAUUUUCCUUUUUUGCGAGGUGGUCCCCCGAGAGGUAAUUUAAUGUAAAUUACAUAAUAUAAUUAUUAUUUAUAAUAAUAAUUAGCAACUUAUCAUAGCCAUUUUAAUACUUUUUAUAAGUUUCCAACAUAACUGAAUUGAAUUAUUUUUGUUUGUUUUUCACAAAGCUUUGAUAUGUAGAAAGAUAAUAUGGACUGGAAAAAACUGGCAGACCUGAAGUGAAUUUUAGUAUGCCUAGUACUCACGUCUGUAGCACUUAUACUUAAUACUUCAAGCAUGUGUCAGCCAGUAGCUGUGUUUCCAUCAUUUCCAACAUUUAACUCAGUGACUGAUCAGAUGUUAUCCCUGUCACAAUGCUGAUUGUUUUCUCAAUUUGUCAUUUGUAUGCGCUGAUGAGAUGAAAAAUAAAGGUAGAUAAAAACGGUAGAUCAGUGUGGAGCAAUGAGGAGACUAAUAAUCAAAAUUAGUUGAAUGUUGCAACAGCUCAUUUAAAGAUAAGGGUGGAUUUAUGUUAAUUUUGGGUUUUUUUGUUUGAUUAUUGAAUAAAGUCUUGGCUUCAGAAUAUGAAACUUUUAUCACCAA